AUGGAGAUGUUAAACCAAUCCAUAUCAACACCUGCACAACAACAGAAUAACAUCAACGGUACAGAUAUGAUCUCCAUCGGCAGCUACAUAAAACAGCAGCAACGUCAACAGCCGUCUCAAAUGAGUGGUCCCCAUCAACGGCCAUCAAAUGGAAGCAACAACUUUGAGCAACACGCCAUGAUUCCGGCAACAACAGGAGGCGACCCAGCAAAUCGUGUUUUCAACGAUCAGAAGUCGCCAAUUAAUGGCCACUUGCACCAGAACAAUAGUCUUUCGAUGCCACAUCAGAGUAUGAUGGAAGUGCAAAAAAAUAAUCAGCAAUCAAAUGUGAUGAUGUCGUAUAAAGUGGUCAAUGCAGGAAAUUCCGGACGACUACCUCCAUUGACCCUGAACAGCAAUAAUUACUCUAAAAACAUCUCCGUUCGCUUGAACAACGGAGCCAAGGAUCAUAACCAAUCGACAUUCCUGAACGCUUCAAUUCAAUCGCAACCACAAAUGAACCAUUGUGAGUACAAUCAGACUACGAUAACUCAUAACCAUGUAUCGUCCUCAUUGCCAAUGAAUGAGCAACUGUUUGACCAACAGUCAGGGAAUUCUCAACAAAAUAUGGAGGCAUCAAUCAGAAUGAAUACUCCACUGCCUCCUCAUCAACAUGUGGACCAGCAAACGCAGCAUGUUACUUAUCAUGAGCAGAACACACAUAUCCAGCAACAACCCGAUCAGACUCGGUAUAUUCGGAUAGCAGACCAGAAUCCAAACGUAUCAACCCAAUCCAUGCCAAUGAACCAAUCUCAAUUUCAACCUGCGCUUCAAACUGGAAACCAAAUGAUCUCCUCUUUCCAAGUCAAUCAAACGCAAGAGCAAGUACCUCAUCUGAGCCAUAUGGACCAGCCGCCACCCACUCAACAUUCCAUGAACUCGGUUCCUCAAUCCCAGUCACAACAACGUCUGGGUCAGACUGGUUGUAAUUCCAACCAGUUGAGGGUGCAGAAUCAGUCACCAGACAACGUUCCUUCAAACAUCUCAAUCAGCUCCAUCUCAUCCACUUCUUCCGGUUUCUCUAAUAACUCUGCGCACAAAAACUCGAAUAAUCCAAUGAUGAGCCCAACUUCUAUUCCAAUGAAUGCGAAUUCCACAACCCAACUGCUGAUGGCUAUCACCAAUAACUCCCCGAUCACUUCAGAACAACUACAAGAAAUACAAAACAUGACUUCUACUGCUCCAGACGGCACCGAGAUGCUUCUGAUGCAAGAGCCGCGUCUGAAACAGUAUGGCUCCUUGAAGGAUAUGUCAACUACUGACCUCAGACUUGAGUGCAAAAAGAGAAAGUUGACAUCAACAGGAACCAAGAUGCGUCUGUGUGAGCGUAUGGCCUUGUAUGAAAAUGAAAUCUUGGAUGAGAGAAACCAUCAACUGAUGCAAGAGUUUACCCAUCGACAGCAAAUGUAUGAAGCACAAUCGGCCACCCUGAAAGCGUUUCAAGCAAAGAAAGCUUUGCUGCAGGUUCAAAACAGUCAAACGGCGGGGUCGGUGUCAAACGGUGGUUCCACAUCCGGUACAGCGCAGUCUUCUAGUGAGAAUUCAACUUUGUCUCAUGCCAUGAACAACCAUAACAAGACAUCUGAAGGACCUCCUGCCAAGAAGAAACGUGUAUCCCGACCAAGAAAACCAGCCCAGCCAAAAGUUCAGAAGAAUGCUGUCAAACCGCAACUCAUCAUUCCUAAUGCAUCCAACCAGAUGUCCAAUUUGGCACCAGUUAGCAAUGAUAACAAUACUCCAACUGACAUUGAUGUUCUUCUUGGAAGAAGCAACAGCCAGCCAUCUAUGAACUUCGGAAACGUGGGAAACAAUCAGAACCACCAAUCUGGUCAAAACUCAGCACCUGUUUUUGGAAACGGAACCAGCCAAACUCCUGGCUCCACUGGAUUUUUCAUGAAGGACAACAGUUGUUUUUCUCAUCUUGGUUCAGGGUGCAGAUUGAUUUCCAACUCUAAUGAUGAAAGUCAAAACUCAUAUGGAGGCACUGCAAGAGCCUUCCAGGCAACUGUACCACCACCACCCGAAAACGCGCAAAUUCAGUUACAACAACAGAAUGAGCAGCAAAUGUAUAAUGGACCGAAGCAGACGGUACAACAAAGAAUGAAUUCUCAACCACAGCAGCAACAACAACAACAGUCUGUAGCCCAAUCUCGACCAAUAAACUUGAAUCAGCAACAAAUGAUCAGUAACCCAAACCAGGCAAUGUACACCAUCUCGACACCAACUACGAUGCAACAACAACAACAACAACAGCAACAACAACACAUGGUUCAUCCAAACCAAACAAUCUACAUGAACUCAACAUUGGCUCAACAAAAUGGAUUACAAUCCAGCCCUUGUGUCGCUGAUCAAGCUGGACCAUCUCCAAACAUGCCGAUUGGUGAUGCAACUGCCACUACAUCCGGUAGCCCAGUUGUAAUCUCUGCAGUCGCCGAAACAACCGAGAAUGCAGAAAUGAUGGAUAACGAAACAAUGCAAAAAUUGUUGUCGCCAGCGACAUUACGUGCGAGAGAAGAGCUGCUCACUCAACAACAAGCAAAGAUAAAUGAGCUGGUUGAUUUGAUACAGAAGAAUCAUAACACACUUCGAGACCAACAACAGCAAAUUAAUCUGGCGAAGAAACAGCAGAAAAUGAGACAACAGCAGAAUUCACAGACGGCUGCAUUAGAGAAACAUAUGAAUAGUAGAUGUAUUCAGCAUGCCAUGAAAAACCGUGCCAACUUACAGAUGCUAAGUGAACUAACUAAACAGCAAGAUAGCAUUCGUACUGCUGAAACAAGACUCAUCGAACAAUUGCACAUCAACACCGCUACCGAUGACAUUGCACGUUUGAUCAAACAGGAUGGAAGAACUGCUCUUGUUAUCGUGUCAUUACUACAUGACUAUCGAACAACACGCGAGCAGAAUAAUCGUGUAAAAACGACAAAGACCGAGUCUGUGGCUGAUGAUAAGAAUGCCGUUGUUGAAGUGGCAGCAGCUCCAGCACCAAAGAAGAAAGCCGCUCCACGUAAAAGACCAGCAGCUGGAACUGCAAAAUCUAAUCAGAGUAGAAGACCAUCACAGAAGAAAUCUCAACCACGGCCGGAUGUUGAAAUUGUACAAGUUAUCCCACCACCGACUAUUGAGCAAAAACCAAUCAUUAAUAAGGAGAUAUUCCAUCAAAAAACCCAGAACUUUACGGAGUUCUCCCAACCAGAAGUACCACGUAGACCACGUACUCAAUCGGAUGUAGAUAUGGAAGAAAUUUUCAAAACUGUCAUUGAGGCCUCUCGUAGUCCACAAAGUCAGAAAAACUCGGACAGCCAGCAACAACAAUCCGAUAAUGAAGUUAUCUCGCUUCCUUCUGAAGUAUCGUCCCCAAUCCGUACACAAAGUCAGAAUAGCGCUCAAUCUGUAUUUUCGGAUGUAUCCUACACCAAGAAUAUGAUGUACCAACAAGACAACUCCCCUCAACAAUAUACAAUGGGAGCUGAAACUGAAUCUAGUUGCUCACCAAAUGAAGUUUUGAUCACUCCAAAUGAACUGCUGCAGCAACAAGUUCAAAAUAUCAACGUCAUUGCUCAACAAGUUGAGAAAACUGAUGUUUUACCUCAAUUUGAACAGAGCACGUUGGACCAGGAACUGGGAACUCAUCGAUACUCUGAAAGUUUGAUGUACAACGAAGUUUCUAACAAUGACUUCUGUCAUAAUAAUGGAAUGGACUUCGAUUUUCCAGAUAUUGAUCAGAUGGUAGCUAAUUUCAAAGAUUCUGAGCCACUUAGCUCAUCUUUGGACGAUGUCGACUUGACAGCUCUUCUGAACUGCUGGACUGAAAAUUGUGACUCCAACCAAAUUUGUGGAGAUCAAACCGCUGAUCAUGAUAUAAUUAUGUAUGACCCAAACAAUUCGGCUAUGGGACAACAUGGUAUGGAAUGGAAUAAUUACUCCAACCACUCCAACAUUAUCAAUCAGGCUUUCGAACAAUCUCAAAUGCAAUAA